AUGGCAACCAAAUCGACAACCAAAUCGUCGACAGUCACUUUAACAACCACAUCGACAACCAAAUCGUCGACAGUCACUUUAACAACCACAUCGACAACCAAAUCGUCGACAGUCACUUUAACAACCACAUCGACAACCAAAGCGUCGACAGUCACUUUAACAACCACAUCGACAACCAAAUCGUCGACAGUCACUUUAACAACCACAUCGACAACCAAAUCGUCGACAGUCACUUUAACAACCACAUCGACAACCAAAUCGUCGACAGUCACUUUAACAACCACAUCGACAACCAAAUCGUCGACAGUCACUUUAACAACCACAUCGACAACCAAAUCGUCGACAGUCACUUUAACAACCACAUCGACAACCAAAUCGACAACCAAAUCGUCGACAGUCACUUUAACAACCACAUCGACAACCAAAGCGUCGACAGUCACUUUAACAACCACAUCGACAACCAAAUCGUCGACAGUCACUUUAACAACCACAUCGACAACCAAAUCGUCGACAGUCACUUUAACAACCACAUCGACAACCAAAGCGUCGACAGUCACUUUAACAACCACAUCGACAACCAAAUCGUCGACAGUCACUUUAACAACCACAUCGACAACCAAAUCGUCGACAGUCACUUUAACAACCACAUCGACAACCAAAUCGUCGACAGUCACUUUAACAACCACAUCGACAACCAAAUCGUCGACAGUCACUUUAACAACCACAUCGACAACCAAAUCGUCGACAGUCACUUUAACAACCACAUCGACAACCAAAUCGUCGACAGUCACUUUAACAACCACAUCGACAACCAAAUCGUCGACAGUCACUUUAACAACCACAUCGACAACCAAAUCGUCGACAGUCACUUUAACAACCACAUCGACAACCAAAUCGUCGACAGUCACUUUAACAACCACAUCGACAACCAAAUCGUCGACAGUCACUUUAACAACCACAUCGACAACCAAAUCGUCGACAGUCACUUUAACAACCACAUCGACAACCAAAUCGUCGACAGUCACUUUAACAACCACAUCGACAACCAAAUCGACGGCCACUAUGGCAACCAAAUCGACAACCAAAUCGUCGACAGUCACUUUAACAACCACAUCGACAACCAAAGCCGACGGCCACUUUAACAACCACAUCGACAACCAAAGCGUCGACAGUCACUUUAACAACCACAUCGACAACCAAAUCGACAACCAAAUCGACAACCAAAUCGUCGACAGUCACUUUAACAACCACAUCGACAACCAAAUCGUCGACAGUCACUUUAACAACCACAUCGACAACCAAAGCGUCGACAGUCACUUUAACAACCACAUCGACAACCAAAGCGUUGACAGUCACUUUAACAACCACAUCGACAACCAAAGCGUCGACAGUCACUUUAACAACCACAUCGACAACCAAAUCGACGGCCACUUUGGCAACCAAAUCGACAACCAAAUCGACGGCCACUAUGGCAACCAAAUUGACAACCAAAUCGACCACCACUCUGAUAACUAUCUCAGCCAAAUUGACAACCAGAUAGACAGCUAG